GUGUCAUACUUCCUUAGUGUUGUGUGUAAAAAAUUGUGCUACGCAGUUACAGCGAAUUCGCGUACAACGUGCGUGUGGUAUUAAUUAGCUGUCGUUAAGUUAUAGAAGUUUAAAAUAACCGCGAUACAAGUCCUUUUUUAACAUUAAAAUGUGUUUUUAAUUAAUAUCAAAUCAAUUAGUUCAUUAAUUUUCUAAAAUAGAUUUUCUUUAAUUUAAGACUGGGUAAUAUAUACGUUUACAUCUGUAAUUUUAUUAAAAAUUAGUUUGAAGGUUUGAUUAAUACAAACAUUAACAAUAGAAAUGAAUACAAUUAUAUUCAAAGCCUAGAAUUCUAUGUGAAUAACUUAAAAAGCGUCAAAAUAUUCCCAAAAACGAAAAGAUACCUUCAAAUACUAAUUUGCAUUUAUCGAUUUUAUUCAUAACAGCAAAGUUACGUUCACAGUGUAAACAAAACAAAAAGUAGGUGGAAAAUUUAUACAUGUUUGUGAUACGAAGAUUGCUGUCUCCGUCUUCAAUACACUGAAUUUAUUGUUCCCAUUCGAAAAUAGAUUCUUUCUUGCAUUCUUUAUAUAAGUACUAAUAAGGAAUCAAUUCUAGGCAAAACGUGAAUAAAAAAUAUGUUAAUGAUAUUUGUUGAUAAAAAACAAGCAAUGAAAUAAGUGAGCAAGUCAUAGCGGUUAAUAAAAUUCAAAUACGAUUAUAAGAAGUCGACAUUGAUAAGAUCAGGGUCUGUAGCCAACAGUGAUAAAGGGUGAAAUUUUCCGAAAGGAAACCCAAUACAACAUAUAAGUACUAAUACUAUACAUAAAUGCUGCCUGAAAUCUUUCUAAUGAUAAUUAUAUAUAUAUUAUAUAAAUUACGAAAGAGAAGCCGGCAGGAAUUGGGUUGUAUGGCCCUUUGCCACUGGUAGCCAAGACGCCUCGCUACAAUCAUUAAGCCAGUGGUUCCCAAAGUUGAUGAAUCGCGACCCAUCUAAAAAAUUUCCAAUCUCUGUACUCCCUUCUAGGCUGUCACCAAGUCACUUUUAUAUACAAGGAGUGCUGUUUUUGUAUCAAUUUCAGUUACUUUUCUCGUUCAUCAGUUAUCAUACUUUUAUAUAUUUAUUUAUAUAAUAUUUUAUUUAUCAGGGCCCACCUUUGCGACUCACCAGUGUGUUGCAACCCACAGCUAAGGAAACGCUGGUUUAAGCUAAAAGAAAACAAAACUUUGUAUACCCCAACAACCGACUUAUUUAUAGGAUAUAUCAUUCUCAUAUUUGUUUGUUUACGAGCGUAAAGAAUUGUAGAAAGGCGUCUUCGCUAUACCUCCUAAAAAGAAACAGUAGGUAGAUACUGCCGACUGUCUGGGUGGAUAUGAUAAUAUUGGUACUUAAAUAAUUUGCUAAUUUACUCGCGUAUUACGUAAAAACUGUUGAAUAGACUACCAGUUUUAUUAAAACAAAACUUUAGUAAACACAUAAAAUGUAGAUAGGGAAGGAUUUAUAAACGCAAAUAAUAAUAGUCAGCUCACAUUUAUGAAGUAUAUACUAAAAUAUAAAAACAACAUAAAACUUAGUUCGAAUUAGCAAACAAACUUAUGUUAUAUACAUUUGUUUUGGAAGCUUUUUUAUUAACACAUUAGCACCUUGUUUAAACGAAAACUUGAAUCAUACACCCGAUUUCACUUUAACCGACUUUCUCAGAAAGAGUAGUGUGACAAAAAAAUCGUAUUAUGAACAAAUUUUACCAAGUGGUAACUUUGUGUUAUAUUGGCCUGAUAGCGUUUUUAUUGAUCGAUGUUGGUGCCAAUGACAAAGUUCUUCAUAGGCCGAAGAGAUUUCUCAGUUUUAAUAACAUCACACGCUUCUUUCUUCGAGUGAACUUCAAAGCGAACAUGGUCCCAUGGAACCAGAUAUUCGCGCAGGCGUUAGGGUUCCGUAUUAAUUGGGACGACCCGCCGGAUUCCUUCCACCCGUACCAUCACCUCUAUAGGAGGGAUGUUUAUAAAAACUUGGAAAUAGUUCUGGACAGGAACGGGCUGAAUGGCUUCCAUUGCGUGAGGCGAGCUAUUUGUGAAAUGGAAACCAGCGAGUCGGCAGAGAUUUACCACAAAAUUUUAAAAAUGGUUUUCAGACAACAAUCAUCAGCAACAGACAAGUGGCACAACAAAACAGACAAAGACUGCUCAGUGUCGGUAUCAUCAUGUCCCUUCUCGCUGUUGGAAGUCGCUCAAUACACAGAUAUCAUAUAAUAUAAAUAAAAACUCAUAAAAAUG